ACUAAAACAUGGAUUAUGAAUGGGUCAUGCCUGACAGAAAUUAAAAUAAGGUAUCAGACAAAAGAAAAUUACCGUGACUCUCUUUACAACAUUGAAUAUCUAUGGUUCAUGCAUGGCAAGGAUCAAAAUAAACUAUUAUGCCGAAAAAUAUUAAUAUGACCCUCUGCAUUAUAAAAUAUCUCUCCAAUGUUCAACAAUUGUCUACUUUAGUUCAAUUAUACCACUCAAAACACUAAAAAUUACAGAAUUUUCACUCUUAGUUUUAAUGAUGAUUAUUCUGACCAGACAUGCUUCAAUAAUUUUAAUUUUAGGGUAGUUUUAAAUUAUAGUAAAGUUUAAUAUUAAUUAAGACUUAUUAUUUGUUACUCUGCUGUUAUUGUCAACCACUAAUUAAUUUUCUGAUUCGUUGUCUUCAAUAAUUCUGAUGGUUAGGUUAGGUUAUCUCCAACUCCAACUUAUUUUAACUUAAACAAGGAUAUAUCUUUUACCCUAUCAAUCUGAUACCAAAUAGUCUUGAUAAACCAUUUCAACUAAAUUUUAAACCUCAUUUUUUACACUAGCUAUGACCAUGUUGAUAACUAAGUCCUAUUAUUGAUUUACCACUGCUAUGUCUAUAAAGCAACAUUACUCUGAUGAAACCAUUAUCUACAAUGACAUUCUAUAUUGGAGAUCUCCACUACCCUGCGUUGAAGGCAACGCUACGACGGCAAAUGAAUUCCAUACAUGCAUUAUUAAUAAUGCAAAAGGCAGAGAAGGAGAAAUUGAGGCUUCAUCUGUAUGUGGAAAGAAAUGCGUUCAAUGCAAAACGCUUAAUUUAACUCCUACGGGACAACACAAAUGUAAUUUACAACAUCCCAUUGGUGAUAUAAAAUGCCAGUGUAGUGGAACAAAAAAAUGUUGCAUUUUUAAUUCUUGUUCAACGUCACUUGAUCAAAAUGUUUCUGAAAAAGAGAAGUCAGAUCGAACAAACAAAAAGAAACAAAACAACGUGAACUCGGCGGUUACGUUGGAAAAUUUUGACACACAGAACAGCAUUAGAAAAAAUCAAUGCCAGAACGAUAAAAAGGUAGAAGAUAUUACAAACUCUCGAACAGACUGUAGUGCUGUUGAAAGCGAAAGCAGUGUGAAAAAGCCAGAAGUGGAUGAAGAACACUCUCUCAACAACAAGGAAAAUCAAUUUUCUGAAACUGGAAUUAACGUAUCAUCAAAAUCAGCGAACAAUAAUAAUAAUAAUAACAUUGUUGAAGCUUUGGAUAAAAAAUCAGAUUCUCUUUCUGAUGAUAGCAUUGAUGAUUUGGAGAAUGACUUAAGUUUUCCUGGAUCUGCGAGAAGUUUGAAGACGUUUGCUUUCACUUAUACUCAUUCUGAUUUAUUCAAUUGUGCUGUCAUAAAGAAGAGAAGAUUGCUACCAUUCGGAGUUAUGGGGAACACUAGCAGCCAUGGUCAACACAAAAAAUCAUCUAAGAGAGGUUCAAAACAUCAAUCAAGAAAAAGUGUUUCCAGUCUUCAUCAACAAGCAGCACAAGAAGAUGAGUCUGAUAUGUUGUCAUCUGUUAACAAAAGGAAAAGACAACAUGAUAAUAGAAGUGUCGGCUCAAGACUUUCUGGACAAUAUGACGAUAUCAGUGUUCUAUCCUCACAAGGUAUUCUCAGUAUUUCUAGUAAAGCUGAGGACGAAGAAGAAUUAGGUCAUCCUGAAAAGAUGAAAUCACCCAAAUUAAUGACGACACAACAAUCAAAAACAUCUAAUGAGGAAACAUGUGAUACUUCAACCAGCAAAUCAAUACAGGAUCUACUUCAUUAUCAACCUACAUUAAAAACAGAGUUCGAUUUUCGAAAACCUUUCGAUGUUGAACCAAAGAAGUUAAAAGAUGUGACGCAGCCAAGAGACAUUGAAAUGGUCUCAGAUUUAAAAACAAACGAAGAUUCAACAAUUCAAACAUUACGGGGUGUUUGUUGCGCAAUAACAAGCUUACAAGAAAAGUUGAUAUCGGAAACUAACGAUUCAAUCAAAUCUCCUGAUCAUCUAACAACAAGAAAAUACACUGGCAAGCGACAUCCAUCUGUCAGUCCAUCAUAUCCUAUAUUAUCAACAAGAACCCCAAUGUCUCCUGCACAAUCGCCUUUUAAUUCACCUGGCACAAGAAGCCCUGCAGAACCCAGCAGUCCGAAACAAUUUUUUCAUAAUACUCAACCUAUCAACAUUGAACAAGAUGAAAAUCUAUUGCAAGAAACCUCAACCUUUAGCAAAGUGUUAACAAACCAAACAACUGUGAAUGAAAACUGUGAUGAUCAACUUUUAUUUAACGAGUGCAAUCAACCUACCUUAACUUCAACUUUACACGAACUGAUGAACUCUUCGCCAGAUGGUUUUUCAGGUUCUCUUUUAAACUCAUGGCUUCUUGCUAACUCUACUGAUGAGGAAUCAAGCACAUUUGUUGAAAAAUUUUGUGAUUCCCUUGUGCGAGUUGGAAUAUUAUCACCAGUGUUGGAUAGACUUUCCUAUUAUAAGAUGGCAACAAACGAAAAAGACAAUUCGUCCAGUCAAGGGAAUACUCUGUUCAAUCGAUUAAAAUUUAUGCCUACUCAAAUUUAUACCUGGGGAGCGUUGAGUCGAUUGACAUCCAACAACGCCAGUGCUGGUCCGAAGAAAACCCAGACAUACAGAGAUUUUGCAGUAAGACAAGUGGAAGUCAGUCCAACGACUGCUCCUGCUGUUGAUAGCCAAUUUAGAAAAUCAAAUGAAGAAAAUUCUUCCGAAAAAGCUGGCCAAUCAGAAGAUAUUUCAAAUAAGACUGAGUCUUCAGAAAAAUAUCUCCAUCCGAUUGCAGCUCUAGACUUUACCAGUCCACAAGAUCCAAACCAAUCACCAACACAAAAACCUAGAAAACUAUUUUUCACUCCAACUUUAUGGUCUACUAGAUCGCAGAAUGGUGAUGAAUCCAAGAAUAUCGAUACAUCAGUGAACAUUGAUAGUUCAGCAGGUAGUCCUGCAAGUGGCAACAGUGCAAAUAAGAAGCUCACAUCAGUUUGGCCUCCACCCAAACCACAGGAAGAUGAUGCUCAUGGACUCAAAUAUACGGAAGCAGAACAUCAACAGAUACUGAUGGAUUUGAAAAAAAACUACAGUGAUGAGUUGUAUAAAAUAACAAAAGAAUAUGAGACAAAUAUUUAUGAAAUGAACGAGGAGUACACUCAAGAAAUCGAGUCCAUGCAACAGGAUUCAAACAUCUUGAAACAAGAAAAUGCUGAAUUGAAAGCCAAAUUAAAUGCAGAUAAAAAUGAUGUAUCGACGCAAACACAACAUGUAGCUCAACUAAGGCUGACGAAGGGAAUUCAAGUUGAUAUUGAAAAAGAGUCACUCCUGCCUCCUUCUCAGAUAAGCCUUCCAAAGGAAAAUGUUCCCCCUCCGCCGAUUAGUGCACCCCCGCCGCCGCCACCACCCCCUCCCCCGCCUCCAGGAAUUCCUCCCCCACCGCCCCCUCCUCCCGGAAUUCCACCACCCCCUCCCCCACCCUUGAGCGGGGUACCACCACCGCCCCCUCUUCCAUGCGGCCUUACAACCAUCAAAGAAGAUUCACCUAAACGAGCUCCUGUUGAACCGAAGAAACCAAUGAAACCACUGUACUGGAAAAGAAUUCAAAUUCCUAAGAAGGAACUGCCAAAUAAUAGAUCUGUUUGGGCAAAGAUUGAAGACGCUGCAAUAAACACAGAUGAAAUGGAAUCAACAUUCUGCAAAACAACAACUGUGAAAAAAUCAAAAGCAUUAAGUGAUUUAAUGACGGAAAAGAAAAAGAAGAUUAAUCCAGCGAAAAUUCUUGAAGGUAAACGUUCUCAAGCUGUUGGCAUAUUUUUAUCAAGUUUACAUGUUGAAAUGACCGACUUACAAAAUGCCAUAUUGAAUCUCGAUAUUACAACCGUAGAUGAAGAAAGCAUGAUAUCCAUUUAUAAUUUGAGAGCCAGCAGUGAUGAAUUGAAAAGUAUUAAAUCACAUCUGGAAAGUGAGAAAAAUAAAAAAGAAGAAGAAAAACAAGGAUUAGAUAAACCAGAAAAAUUUUUAUACAGUUUAUAUGGAAUCGACAAUUUUGAAGAUCGAAUGUUUUGCAUUACAUUUCGAACAAGUUUCAACGAAGAUAUACAAGGCGUACAGAAGGAAUUAACGAACAUAAAAACUGCAUUGAAUGAACUUCAAGAUCCAAACACUGUACUUCGAAUACUUGGUCUUGUUUUGAGUGUCGGAAAUUAUCUUAAUGGAGGCAAUCGAACCCGUGGACAAGCCGAUGGAUUCCAACUUGAGAUUUUAUCAAAAUUAAAAGAUGUGAAAGGUGUUAAAGAUGGUACCAGUUUCAGUUUAUUGAAUUACAUUGCAUGGGCAUACAUAAGGACAUAUGACAAGGAUGUUGAGGUCCUACAGAGAGAAUGUCCUGUUCCAACAUUCCAAAGUAUAGUUCUUGCUUCGCAAGUUAAUUUCAGUGAUAUUACCAAAGAGUUGAGAAGAAUAAGAAAAGGUUUGAAAGAUUGUGAGAAGCGUGUGUCUGAUGUCAUCAAAAAAUCAAAGAAGCAUUCUCAACCUUUUAAAUCUAUCAUGGAAACUUUUCUUGAAAAUGCUUAUACGAGUAUUGAGAAAGAUGAAGCUGAAUAUGAUAAAGCACAGAAGAGUUUUCGAGAUGCUGUUGAAUUCUUUUGCAUCAAAUCUAAGUCUUCUUCAAAAGCUGUUGAACCUAAAGAUUUCUUUUCACUAUGGCAAAGUUUUUGUCUCGAUUUCCACGGAAUUUGGAAAAUUGAAAUUAAUAGAUAUUUGAAAGAAGAAAAACAAAAAUUUCGACAGAGUGCUGAAGAUGUGUUGGCAAGACAAGCGACAACAGUUGUUGUUAAAGCAAGAAGAAGGCCUGGGAGUAUUAAAUCCCGUCCAACAAUACAAAGAUGAUUUUACAACAUGGAUCACUUUUUAUCAACUUAUGUUGCUGCUCGCUUCAUCUGUCUCAGGAAUUUUAUAUUAUAUAUUCUAAAUGAAUUGAAGAGAGUGGCAAUGAGUGAGAAAUUUUUAGAGCGAGAUUUUGAGGGAAAACGCUAUUCGAUAUUUGCCAAAUUUGGUCUAGUGAGUUGGUAGCUAAUGCAAUAAGGGCUUUGCAUAGCAAUAUUUAUAAAUAACUUAGUGCAAUGGGAAAGCGUUUCACCAAAUGAUCAUUUGGAAUGGCUACAUUUCUGAAUAGCUUUCAUUUGACUAUAAAUGAAUAUGAUGUACUUUCAAAAUUAUUCAUUGUAAUGAAAUUCAGAAUUGUUUUGAAAAAACAGUUCUGCAUGAAAUUUUCGAUUGGGUACUUAGCUGUUCAGUGGUUUACUGAAAUAAAAUGCUUGACACAAUUUAGAAAUUUCGUAAUGGGAAUAAACAUGAUCAAUUAAUCAGGCAUUCCUUUACAUUGGCAAACGUUUCAGUGAAACAUACGUACGGUACUCCUGAAGUAUGCGCACCAAGAUGUCGCACAACCUGAACCCUCCCCUGGUACACAACCUGAGUUCAGGUUGUGCGCCAUCUUGGUGCGCAUACACAUACUAGGUCCCAUCGUGCUCUAUAUAUUGUCGUCCAGCCUGUACUGCUCAUAGAACUUUCAUAUACAAAAGAAGCAUAAAAUAAAAAUAUACAAAUUCUGUUACAUGCCGCGGAAAAUCACCUACUACCUCUGUAGGAAAAUUAAUAUUUCUAUAAAUUUUAUUAGCUCUGUAAUUUAGUAUUUUAUUCAUUAAACAGUGGUAUCACAAUUCUGCCUCGCAUACUAGUUCACACAUUUUGAAACUUUAGAUAUACACAUUUGUUAUUCAUUCCAUAUUUUACAAUUCACAUUUCGCUGGUGCUUUCACAAACACAUAGUUUUACUGUUCUGUUUACCGGUGUGGAGGCAGUUAUUUUAUUUACAGUGCAAAAUCAUAGGCUAAAUUUUAAUGAGAUGUGAACAAGGAUGUAUACAAAUUGCCACUCACACAUAUGAAGCUACAGUGUUUGGUUUGUCAUAGGCAUAGCUUGUCUAUGAAUGAAGAAUAUAACCUGCACGAUGCGGACAUACUUGAGUCGAACAUUUUAGCCCGUUAAGAUUAGGCCAGUGGUUCUCAGCCGUUUUUUCUCUUGCGGCACACUUUUGUUGCACAAAACUUCUCCGACCCAUUAACUUUAUCAUGCAAGGGGAAAUAUACGAGGAAAACAAAAAUUCUAUGCGCAAAAAUGGAGACUUAAUUUAAAGUUAAAUGAGAAUUACCACUGAAAAAAACGUCAUCAUUCGUUACUAUAACACUAACAAUCAAAUUUAACUUUUUCUCAAUAUCUCUGUCCAUUUCUAAUAAGUUUAUGGCCCACCUGAAAAUGUUAGUGUGGGCCGUGGUCUACUGGUCGAGAGCCGAUGAAUUAAUUGGGCCAUCGCAUUGAGAGUUAUUGGAAUUUUCACUGAUUUAAUGUUACUUAAUUACACUAAGCUAAAAGAGAUUAUUACUGUGAUACUUAGAUUCAUUUUAUUUAUUCUGUUUUCUCGCUGCUGAACAAGUUGCCGCAUUAUUCUCACUCUUGGCACAAUCAUAAUUUAUUUAGUAAUUAUUUUUUUAUUCCAUGUUGUCCUCUGAAAUAAGAUUAUAUUGAACAACAACAUUUGUCACGGAGUAUAUUAUAUUUGAUUCAGUCCAGUCAAGGAUUUUGCACUGUGCAGCAAGACUCCUGCAUUACUUGAAUAGUCAUAUUUGCUCUUCGCAAUAUUUGGAAACCGAUCCAUCAGCGCAAAAGCAAAGAUAUGGAUUAAUAUAAUAUGUUAUUUAUCCAUUUUGUAAAAAAAAAAUUAGAGACUUUAUUAGUUCCUGAUCACAUAAUAUAUUAGAUCUAAAUCAUAUUUCAGAUCCACUCCCUUCAUAGUUUGGCUAAAGGUGCUCAUAUGUUGCUCUCCCUAUUCAAUUUUGCAAUUUUUUUUUUAGAUUUUGUCUUGGUAUGAAAUUAAGAUAUUUGUUGGUAUGCAAUCUUAGAAGUCCUAAAAAUAUUUGUUUUGAGCGCCUUUUCUGUAGUGGAAACUUGUUUAUUUUAUAGCCGGAAAAAAUAGUUGUUUUAUUGGUGCAGGCUAAAAAUGCAAUGUUUGAAGCCAGUUUGUUUUGAUUUAAAGUUAUUAUAUUUUUGCACUCUUGUUUCGUGUGCUGAAUAAAACGAUAAAAUAUCAAUAUUA